UCCGUCUGCAGCACGAUUUUUUCAGCCCCAUCGGACCAACCACUGCUCAUAAGAAAGUAGCUAGAGCUUGCCAUUCUGCUCAGACUUUGGCAGCGGCAGCUGGGAUUGUGCUCUCCUGCUGCCGAUCUCCAAGCAUCUGUCCGACCGCACGGUUGCUGUGCCGAAGGUUGAUAUCUAGUUGUCAAUAGCUACCUCUCAAGUUCAGGCGCAAGCUAGAACGCCGAGCAGGCGAGAGGAAACCAUCGGUCACAAGCUAGCUAGCAAUUCAACCAAUGGACAACCAGCAGCUGUCCUACUCCACCGGCCAAACCCCUGCCACCGGCAGAGCCCCGGUGCCCGGCGUGCCUGGCGCGGCCGACCCGCCGCCGGUGCCGCUCCACCACCUGCUCCAGCAGCAGCAGGCCCAGCUGCAGGCGUUUUGGGCAUACCAGCGGCGGGAGGCGGAGCGCGCGUCGGCUUCGGACUUCAAGAACCACCAGCUGCCGCUGGCCCGGAUCAAGAAGAUCAUGAAGGCCGACGAGGACGUGCGCAUGAUCUCCGCGGAGGCGCCCGUGCUGUUCGCCAAGGCCUGCGAGCUCUUCAUCCUCGAGCUCACCAUCCGCUCCUGGCUGCACGCCGAGGAGAACAAGCGCCGCACCCUGCAGCGCAACGACGUCGCCGCCGCCAUCGCACGCACCGACGUCUUCGACUUCCUCGUCGACAUCGUGCCUCGCGAGGAGGCCAAGGAGGAGCCCGGCAGCGCCGCCCUCGGGUUCGCCGCGGCCGGGGGUGGCGCCGUUGGGGCUGGCGCGGAGGCCGGGGCGCCCGUGGCCGGGAUGCCGUACUACUAUCCGCCAAUGGGGCAGCCGGCGCCGAUGAUGCCGGCAUGGCAUGUUCCCGAGUGGGACCCAGCAUGGCAGCAAGGCGCGGCGGAUGUCGAUCAGAGCGGCAGCUUCAGCGAGGAAGGACAGGGUUUUGCAGCAGGCCAUGGCGGUGCAGCUAGCUUCUCUCGUGCACCUCCGAGCUCCGAGCUGAGUGAGCGGCGCUCCUAGGUGCUGCCUUAGCUACAUGCUUGCAAUGCAUGUCGUUCAUUGUGUCGCGUUGUCUACCAAACAUGGCGAUGGAGCUACGUACGUACAGAACGAAUAAGUGACGUAAUUUGUACAUGCACUUGAUGUGCUGAUUAAUCAAAGACUAACGAGCAUUUAAUAAAUGCUAAUAGAC